ACCACAACAUGGAAAACGAACAGCAGUAUAUCAGCGACUCCAGCAACACUUACAAUGAAUCAGUCACUUACAUCUCGUCGGAUCUCCAGGCUGAUGAAGAUUCACUCGAAUUUCUCGACUCGUUGGGAACCGAGAUCAACCCACUUUUCUUUCACAAACAAGAGCUGCCCAUUCGCAGUUUGGCUAGUCAAUCCGUAGCAGGACAUGUCAGCGUUGAGCUCAUUGAAGGAAGUUUCCGUGACACUCCAUGCUACUUUCUCUCGAUCUCGUCGCAUUUUCAGCCUGAGCCUAGCGUAUCAUAUAAGCAAAGUGUGGCUAGUUACAUAAGUCCCAACAUGCGCACUUUGAUGCAAUCGGUUUAUCAUGUUGUUGAGGGGCCUGAUGGAACAACCGAGAAGGUGCAGGAAAUGAUAUUUGAUGAUGAAGAUGGGCAGAUGAUUAUUACCGAAAGUGAGGGCGGAGUCGAGAGUCAAAAAUUUAGGAUUGAAAGUAACCAUGCGAGAAGUCUGCUCACGGAGGGCUCUGUCUGGGUGCUCACUCGUAUCCUUGCCCACAAACCACAACCAAAACCUUUGCCAUUUUUCACACUUUCUCAAAAUACGUUGGAAAAAACAACUUAUUCGAUUCAAUCCACCCAUGACGCUGAAAGCAUCAUCACCGUUUCGCCUUACAUUCCCCCGUCAAUAAGUUUUGACUCGCUUCGCUCCGAUACUCAGUCAGAGGAGGAAGCAGCCAGUACUCCGAAACAAAAUGGAGAUGCACUAGCUUGCUUGUUUGAUCCUUCUUGCAGUAAAACGAUUGCGCUUACAUCCACUGGCGCAUGCAGCUGUAUCCGACCGCACAACUCACCGUACGUGAUACAAGUAAUAGAGGAAGCGCGAACAUCCACACAACAGAAAGAUGACGAACCAAUGCAGGACCCGUUUGCGACUCGUGAUUUUGGUGGCAACAUAGAGCUACAAUCGGAAUAUGCCGAAAGAAAGAGGGAACUCAAAACAUUUCAGGAAGGAUAUAUUGCCCAACAACCAGAUUUAGGUGAUAUCAUGGCUGAUUAUCUUCAGCUCGUUUUGCAUCGAAAGCCUCAGGAUGUGUACAGCUUCACAAUAGAAUAUUUCAGUAUCUGAUGUCAGAUGAUAUGUUGUAAAAACAGAUUGGACCAGUGAAUGCUUAAUAAUAAGUCUAAUAGUGAUGUCGAC